AGUAGUAACAGUAGUAGCAGCAGUAGUAGUAGUAGUAGUAGUAACAGUAGCAGUAACAGUAGUAAUAACAGUAGCGGCAGUAGUAGUAGUAGUAGUAGUAGUAGUAGUAGUAGUAGUAGUAGUAACAGGAGUAAUAACAGUAGCGGCAGUAGUAGUAGUAGUAGUAGUAGUAGCAGUAGUAGUAGUAGUAACAGGAGUAAUAACUGUAGCGGCAGUAGUAGUAGUAGUAGUUGUAGUAGUAGUAGUAGUAGUAGAAUUAACAGUAGUAGUAACAGCAGUAAUAACAGUAGCCGCAGUAGUAGUAGUAGUAGUGGUAGUAGUAGUAGUAACAACAGUAAUAACUGUAGCGGCAGUAGUAGUAGUAGUAGUUGUAGUAGUAGUAACAGUAGUAGUAGCAGCAGUAAUAACAGUAGCAGCAGUAGUAGUAGUAGUAGUAGUAGUAGUAGUAGUAGUAGUAACAGUAGUAGUAGCAGCAGUAAUAACAGUAGCGGCAGUAGCAGUAGUAGUAGUGGUAACAGUAGAAGUAGCAGUAGUAAUAACAGUAGCGGCAGUAGUAGUAGUAGUAACAGUAGAAGUAACAGUAGUAGUAACAGCAUUAAUAACAGUAGCAGCAGUAGUAGUAGUAGUAGUAGUAGUAGUAGUAGUAGUAGCAGUAGUAGUAGUAGUAACAGUAGUAGUAGCAGCAGUAAUAAC